GAAGUUAGUGAAUUUUGUGAAGAACAUGUAAUUGAUGUACCUAACAUGGAAGAUUAUCUUCGUGGGCGAUCAAGAAAGAAGAUGAAAGGUGGUGAACCCAUGACAAAUUAUGUGCAUUUUCGUGUAGAGAUCUUUGCAAAGGUGAUUGAUACUCUUGCUGUGGAAAUGGAUAGACACUUUACAGAGACAAACACAAAUUUACUAAGAUGUGUGAUGUGUCUUGAUCCUUCUAAUUGCUUUGCGAGUUUUGAUCAAGAUCGGCUAUUGGAACUUGCUGUAUUAUACUCAGAAGAUUUUAGUUCUACUGAUCGAGUUGAGCUUAUUCAUGAACUUCAAAAUUACAUUUCGGAUAUGAAAUCGAAUAAAGUUUUUGCUAACAUCUCCAAUCUUGGAAGUCUUGCAAAGAAGAUGGUGGGGAUGAAUUAUCACACAUAUUUUCCUUUGGUAUAUCGGCUUAUAGAAUUGGCAUUGAUAUUACCUGUUGGGACAGCUUCAGUGGAAAGGAGUUUUUCUGCGAUGAAUAUUGUCAAGACUGAUUUACGCAACCGUUUGGGAGAUGAGCU